ACACCCGCAGAAGCGCUCGAGCACUUGACUUCACGGAUCCACACUUAAUCGCCAAGGCCGCUUUUUUUCCUGGAGCUCCAACACUUAUCCACGACUUUAAAUGGACCAGACUAAUGGAUUGGUUCGGUCAAGCACUGUAGCAUCUGAAAAGCAUCUGUGAUCAGUGUGCGCGCUGUCCAAUAGGAAGGAUAUUUAUUAUUUAUAACUUCACCGAGAGACCUUCAUUGUCGCAGUACUACUAUAUUGGUUUGGAAAAUGUCCCUAAAGAAUGUAAAGUCCGGUUUCACUGUCCGUGAUAUUUUAGACCUCCCGGACACCAACGAUGAAGCAUCUGUGAGUGAAGACACUGAAGAUGAGCAGGAUGAAGGACUCAAUGCAAAUCAGAAAAAGCAGCACGAAUCCUCAAGAGAUGCGCUCUGGCUCGGAUCUCCGUGCGGCCACAAAUAUCCAAUGCCGUCAGCAUCUCCAGAGGAGUUGAAUCCUGAACUGUCCGCGGAUGAGUCCGUUGACCGGGAGAGCUCGGAGGACUCCGGGAAAAAGCGCAAACGGAGAAUCCUGUUUUCAAAGACUCAAACCUUUGAAUUAGAGCGACGCUUCAGGCAACAGAGAUAUUUAUCCGCGCCUGAACGAGAACAUCUAGCCAAGCUUUUACACUUGACUCCAACGCAGGUGAAGAUAUGGUUCCAGAACCAUCGGUACAAAGUGAAAAGGGCGCGGGCUGAGAAAGGAUUGGACCCGUAUCUGCUCUCCCCUCGCAGGGUGUCGAUCCCCGUUCUGGUGAGGGACGGAAGACCGUGUCAUCUUCUCGGUCCUCAGGACAUCUCUGCCUCCAUUCUUCCGGCAACUGCGCCGUUUUCUACCUUUAAUAUGAAGCCGUUUCCACAGAUUCACCACAGUCAUAAUAACAUCGUGACACAUCUGACAUCAUCUGUCAAUCAUCUGGGCCACAUGCAGUCGUGGUCCUGGUGAAGAUCGCGGAGACGUCUAUUUGAUGUUUGUGGUUACACCCGGAAGAUGUAUUUAGAGCAUCUGC